AUGUAGCUUGAAGACGAAGACGAACUGGACCUAACUGUGCCAGCAGAGGACGACGUGCUAGACCUCGAUGAACUAGAGGAAGAAGACGAAGCACUGCUUGAGCUACUCGAGCUGCUAGUCGUCGCAGUAUUUCCCUGGGUUCUCGUCAGACUUGAGCUGGUGGAAGACGUGGUGGGGUUGGAACUAGAGGAGCUAGUGGAAGCAAUGGCAGCAUUGUUUGAUAAGAUGGUGCUGGAAGAUAUGGAUGAAGACGUGCUUGUCGCACUGGAUGAUGGUGACGACGAGAUGCUUGUUGUGCUGAAGGUUGAAGAGCUAGAAGACGAGGAAGUGCGGGAGGUGGCAGUAAAUGAAGCGCUAGUAGAAGCAGAAGUGCUUUCUGAGCUAGAUGAAGAAGAGGGAGUGAUAGAGCUGGAGGACAACGAUGUGCCAGAAGUUAUAGCAGUCGACGUGCUGGUAGGAGUCUGA